UUCCUCCGACCUGGGGUUUUUGGACCCCAGCGGCAGAACCCAACUCCUGCCACAGCCAAGCUUGGCUCGGAAGGCCCGGCCCUGGUUGGCAGCCCCUAAGCUGAUUGUAGGCUGAGAGAAGGUGGACAUGGCUUGCAGGGGCUGUACUCGACCCAGGGGCCUGGUCUGGGCCCUGCAACUGACCCUGGCAUGGAUCCUGCUAAGGGCCUGUGGAGGGAGCCAUUCACUCCCCAUUAGGUCCCAGAGACACCAUAGGCUGGUGGCUGAUCUGGGCACAGGCCAGCUGCACCUAGCAGAGGUGGACACACCAGAGGCACUGGACCCUGGAAUCUUCUCAGAGGGCUGUGGGGAGCCCAGCCCUGGGUGCAAAUCCUUCCUGGAACACCUCCAAGUUGCCCUCCGCAGUCGUUUCCGCUUCCAGCUAUUGGGGAUACACCAGACACAGUCGCUCUGCGCGGAGCUCUGCCAUGUCUGGUUUGCCACCUGUAAGAGUGAUAUCACCUGUGGCCCGACUUGGCUGCCACUCCUAGAAAAGAGAGACUGCAACCUUGAUUGCAGAACCUAUGGCCAGGCCCACCCACAGUCUGAAGACCCAGAGGCCCAAGUCACCUUCCCCAAAGCCCCAGUCCCUUGGGAACCAACCUUCACUGACGGAGUGGACCUUUGCCACUCGGUUCUUGGCUUUGCGCUGCCGGUGGCUGUUCCUGGCGCUGGUCACUGCCUCAACAUUUCCAUCUCAGUGCUUCCGCAUCCCAGACAGGGACGGAGGGCUCGGGAAACCACCUUCCUGCCCUCCAGCCACCCUCGCACCUGGAUUGGGGAGGCUACAGGCAGCGGGAGUGGCAGUGGAAGUGGCAGUGGCCCCUAGGGACACUGCGCUUAGAUGGGAGAUGGAUCCCUGUACCCCCACCCCCCUACCCGGCUGGCCCCUCUAGACACUCAGAACUCUACCCUCUCUCCCUCUCAGCCCUGUCCCUCCUCCCUGGAGCCCCAGGCUCCAGAUUAUUAGAAAAACAAGACAACUCUAGCUCAUUUCCCCCUUCCCUCCACCCUGGAAUAAAGUCAUCUACU